UGCGGCUGCAGCGGCGCCCAGGUCCCGGCGCGCGCGUGGACGCGGCUCGUCGCUGCCUCUCUCGCCCCCUCCCCUCCCCCCCGGUCCGGGGCGCCGCCCGCGUGGAUGGGAUGGAAGCGGGUCCCUCGGGAGCAGCAGCUGCUGCAGGCACUUACCUGCCACCCCUCCAGCAGGUAUUUCAAGCUCCUCGCCGGCCUGGGAUAGGAACUGUUGGGAAGCCCAUCAAACUCUUGGCCAACUACUUUGAAGUAGACAUUCCCAAAAUUGAUGUCUAUCACUAUGAAGUUGACAUCAAGCCAGACAAGUGUCCACGCAGAGUCAACAGGGAGGUUGUGGAAUAUAUGGUACAACACUUCAAACCUCAGAUCUUUGGAGACCGGAAGCCUGUGUACGAUGGAAAGAAGAACAUCUAUACUGUCACUGCUCUGCCUAUUGGGAAUGAAAGGGUUGACUUUGAGGUGACAAUUCCCGGGGAAGGCAAAGACCGGAUCUUCAAGGUCUCUAUUAAGUGGAUGGCCAUUGUGAGCUGGCGGAUGCUCCAUGAAGCUCUGGUGAGCGGGCAGAUCCCUGUUCCUUUGGAAUCUGUCCAGGCCCUUGAUGUUGCCAUGAGACACCUGGCUUCCAUGAGGUACACCCCAGUGGGGCGUUCCUUCUUCUCUCCCCCUGAAGGAUACUAUCACCCCCUGGGAGGAGGUCGGGAGGUCUGGUUUGGCUUCCAUCAGUCCGUCAGACCUGCCAUGUGGAAGAUGAUGCUCAAUAUAGAUGUGUCUGCAACUGCGUUCUACAAGGCCCAGCCGGUGAUUGAGUUCAUGUGUGAAGUCCUGGACAUCCGGAAUAUUGACGAGCAGCCAAAGCCUCUGACCGACUCCCAGAGAGUUCGGUUCACGAAGGAAAUCAAGGGUUUGAAAGUGGAAGUUACUCACUGUGGACAAAUGAAGAGGAAAUACCGUGUGUGUAAUGUUACUCGGCGUCCAGCUAGUCACCAAACGUUCCCCUUGCAGCUGGAGAGCGGACAGACUGUGGAAUGCACGGUAGCGCAAUACUUCAAACAGAAGUACAACCUGCAGCUGAAGUACCCCCACCUGCCCUGUCUCCAAGUCGGUCAAGAGCAGAAGCACACCUAUCUGCCUCUGGAGGUGUGUAACAUUGUGGCCGGCCAGCGGUGCAUCAAAAAGUUGACGGACAAUCAGACGUCUACCAUGAUCAAAGCUACAGCACGAUCUGCUCCUGACAGGCAGGAAGAAAUCAGCCGGUUGAUGAAAAAUGCCAGUUAUAACCUGGACCCAUACAUACAGGAGUUUGGCAUAAAAGUGAAAGAUGACAUGACAGAAGUGACUGGACGGGUCCUUCCAGCCCCGAUUUUACAAUAUGGAGGGCGGAAUCGUGCCAUUGCCACACCCAACCAGGGGGUCUGGGACAUGAGAGGGAAGCAGUUCUACAAUGGGAUUGAGAUCAAAGUGUGGGCCAUCGCCUGUUUUGCCCCCCAGAAGCAGUGCAGAGAAGAAGUGCUGAAGAACUUCACAGACCAGCUGCGCAAGAUUUCUAAGGAUGCAGGGAUGCCGAUCCAGGGCCAGCCUUGCUUCUGUAAAUACGCACAAGGUGCUGACAGUGUGGAGCCUAUGUUCCGACACCUUAAAAACACAUAUUCGGGACUCCAGCUUAUCAUAGUCAUCCUGCCAGGGAAGACACCGGUGUAUGCGGAGGUGAAGCGUGUAGGGGACACCCUUCUGGGCAUGGCCACUCAGUGUGUGCAGGUCAAAAAUGUGGUGAAGACCUCACCCCAGACUCUUUCCAACCUUUGUCUCAAGAUCAACGUUAAACUUGGCGGAAUUAACAAUAUCUUGGUGCCCCAUCAGCGCUCUGCCGUUUUUCAGCAACCAGUUAUAUUCCUGGGAGCUGAUGUGACUCAUCCUCCAGCCGGUGAUGGGAAGAAGCCUUCCAUAACAGCCGUGGUGGGGAGCAUGGAUGCCCACCCAAGCCGCUACUGUGCCACGGUUCGGGUACAGCGGCCACGCCAGGAAAUCAUUGAAGACCUUUCCUAUAUGGUUCGAGAGCUCCUUAUCCAGUUCUACAAGUCCACGCGCUUCAAGCCAACACGCAUUAUCUUCUACCGGGAUGGUGUGCCUGAGGGACAGCUGCCACAGAUUCUUCACUAUGAACUUCUGGCCAUCCGAGACGCCUGCAUCAAACUGGAGAAGGACUACCAGCCAGGCAUCACCUACAUUGUGGUUCAGAAAAGACAUCACACUCGCCUCUUCUGUGCAGACAAGAACGAGAGGAUUGGCAAAAGUGGGAACAUCCCAGCAGGAACUACAGUUGAUACGAACAUUACUCACCCUUUUGAGUUUGACUUCUACCUGUGCAGUCAUGCCGGCAUCCAGGGUACGAGCAGACCUUCCCAUUACUAUGUCCUUUGGGAUGAUAACCGGUUCACAGCAGAUGAGCUCCAAAUCCUCACCUACCAGCUUUGCCACACGUAUGUCCGUUGUACCCGCUCUGUUUCUAUCCCAGCACCAGCAUACUACGCCCGUUUGGUGGCCUUCCGGGCACGAUACCACCUUGUCGACAAAGAGCAUGACAGUGGAGAAGGCAGCCACAUCUCCGGCCAGAGCAACGGCCGGGAUCCGCAGGCUCUCGCCAAGGCGGUGCAAGUUCAUCAGGACACUUUACGUACCAUGUACUUUGCUUGAAAGCCCAACAUUUUUACCUCACUCCAGAAAGCUUUCCGAUUUGUAGGAGCCAUAGAAAAAAAAAGGAAGAAAGAAAGAAAGGAAAAGAAAAGGAAGCAUUGGAGCACCGUGUGGGCAUCCAAUGGGGAGAUCACUGCAGGCCGCGGAUAAAACAUUUGAAGGAGGCCCCCUGCGUUUUCCAGGGUCGACUCAGGAGAACUGCUUAACUGGAUGGACACACCAUUGUAGUAUUAAAGCAAGAGAGACUCUGUUUUUCAGGCUUUCCAGUUACCUGACCAAACAAAUGCAACAUAUUGAAACCAAGGGAGGGAAUCUGUCUUUCAGUUAACAAAAAAAAAAAACAGGUUUUCAUCGCUGGGAAGGUGGGCAGGAGAUGCAAAAGGAGACUUCUGACUGUGAAAUAAGAAGGGUUUCAGUCCUCUAAUGCCCCAAUCAAAAUGCUGUUUCUUAUUGUUUUGGGGGUGGGAUAGGGGAGGGACUUGUAGAGCCUUAAAACAGAUGACUAGAUUUAUAAAAACUAAUAUUUUAGGAUACAGAAUGCUUUAAUUGGCACAGAAGAAAAGAAGCCAGUAGUUUAUAGAUGAAUUUUAACACUGUUACCCCCUCUCCAUGAAGAAGAAUGAUUUUUUUCCUCCCCUUUCUAUAUGAUAAUGGUGUAAGGUACCCGCAGCACUUACCACAAAGCCGAAAAGGAAACUUGUCUUCCGCUGUUUAAAAGUGGGUUGGCUGCUGCCCUUUUAAUGCAGCAGAAACACACUGUGGGCGAGUGCCUUACUGCAAUGCUGCAAAAUGUGGACAGUUCUUCACCUUUCAAACUGGGGGGGAAAAAAAGGGAAAGAAAACCAACAAUGCUCUUGUCUUGCUGGUGGUCAGGAUCUCUAGCUUGAAAGUGGUUUUUUUUUUUUUUUUUGCUUUUGUUUUGUUUUAUGUUCACCAAGCGUACCAUUUCAUGUUAGCUCACAGCCUCACGAUGGGUUAAAAUUCUGUGCACUUUUAACAUGACAUAUGAAUUUGGAGAGCUGCUGAUGAUAAAACCUGCUUUUUUUAAAAGAAGAAAAAAAUAUUGAUUGAACUGCUUCUGAUAUAUUUCUUGCGUGGUGAUUUUUUUUUCCUUUUUAAUUUAAAGAAAGCUGCAUUUCUGAUGAACAGGGUGUGUGUAAAAGGAAGAAUGUUUUUGUCUGCCCUGCAAGCACAAAAAAGAACUCUGCUAUCAAUUCAUGUCCUGAUUUUUUAAUAUAUUGAUGAGAUUUUUUAUUACCAAGUAUUUUUAUACAAUGCCGAGUCUCUUGCCAAAACUGACACUCAAAUUCUCGUGUUUACAUCAUCUUGCUCCUUUUCCCCUCCCCAACAUUUGGGAAUAUUCUUACAGCGCACAAAGUAGAUUGCUUUAUCACCACAUGAGCUCAAAUUGGAAUUAUACCAAGAAGAUUUACAGGUGGCUGAGUUUCCCAUGAACGGCACAGUCACUCCAGAACCCUUGUGCUGUACAGCGAAGGAAUUAUAAUUGCAUCUACCACCGUUUUGUAACGCCAAUGUGUUCUCAAGCCAUCCUGGAAUUCUGCUGUUUUUAUAUCUAGCAUGGCAGGAAAGGUAGACCUGAAAUUCUCCCAGUCAACCCCGCUUCUCUAGCUUGCUUUGAGGUCAGAACAUUAAAACACGCUUUGCUGUCGUCUGUAGAAAUGGAUCCUGACCUUCUAGGGACAAAACAAACCAGUCCUUUUACCCAUGGCUGUGGAUUCCUGUUUUCCUUCCUGCAACAAACACCUUAAAUAGGAAAGGUAGGAAAUAAACUGGCCUGUGCUGACCUCUUGCAGACCAAUUCUGGCUGUUUUAGUUCUUAAGGAACUGUGCGCCGUACGUUGUCUCCAGACCAUAUUGUUGCUUCACAGUUUUAUCUUCGAGUGCCAAAGUGAGCUUUCAGCAACAGCAACAGCAAAAGAACCCAUUUCCUGUAGAGCUGGGUAAUGCUCUUGUAAUUUUAUCCCCAGGAAAAGAAACACCUGUGGAGUGAGAGUUGUGGACUGCUUGUGCUUCCAACAUGAAGUUUAGCGUCAAUUUUCUUCGUUUAGGCCUUACCCCUUCUCUUCCCCGUCCUGCCCCUGCUUCACCAUAUCCCACAGGGCAGAAUGUUAACCCAUCAGAAUGCUAUGCAAACAAGCAGGCCACUCAGAAUGGGACACAGCUUCACAAUUUGAUUGUGAGUCUGUAUUCUUUAGCCACAAUUACAGCCAUUGCUAAGGGAAUGCACCAGCCCAACAGUGUGCACAAAGAGGUGGUGGAGUUUUCUGACAUGGUGCCCUAUCCCAGAUGGCUUAUAAGCAACGUGUCUGGUCGCUCUGCUUAAUGUGGGCGUAGCUGAUUGGUCUACAUGAUGAGUAAUGCAGAUUGUGGGUUCAGUAAUCCCCCAUUCCGUCCUCCUUUGCUUUCACUUAGCGGCUUUGAAUCCUUCAAAGUUGGAACGGUGUUGCCCUGGGCACCUGCUCUCGGACAAAUGCAUCAAGACCGAAAGCCCACAUUGCUUAACGAAGUGCCUGCACGGCUUGCUCACCUACCAGCCUUCAUCAAGAUCCUUGUACACGAUUAUUGCUCGCCUCGCCCCUUCUGAGCUUGGGCGUGAGAAUGCAUUUAAAAAAAACAAAAAACAGGAAUAACAUUUUGAGUUUUUCUUGGUGUCUCUUCACCCCGUCUGCCUCUUCCUGCUUGGAGGAGAUUCUCCCUUCUGACACCAGCGCUGCAACUGCGAUUCUGAAGCAUUUUUGAGCAAGAAUAAAUGACUUGGGCGUUUGCAGAAUCGGGGAAGUGGGGGGGGGGGGAACAAGGGAAUCCAAAAGAAACUUGGAGCUUUGUCAAAACAGCAGCAGCAGCAGCAGCAGCAACUGCUUUAAAACAAACACCAAGCCUCCAGGACUUGAAUUGUUACCAGUGGACACUGUUUUCAGAUUUUUUGCACUCCACGGUUAGGUUGCUGCUUUUAAUGGAGGGCUGCGUGGCAUGAUUAAGGAGAUGUAAGUGGCAAGCGCUUUCCUCACCCCCCCACCUCACCUCUCCCCACCUGGUGCAUGCAGAGUUUUCACUAAGUGCCGUAAAUAAUGUAAUUGCUGCGACCUCUUUGAAACAAUGUUUUCUGGGUUUGGGGUGAUCCCCUUUUUUGUUUCGAUGUUCUAAGAACUGAGCUAGACACCCCCCCCCCACACACACGCAUGUACUACGUAACAAAGGCUACCUGUUGCAUUCCUGCUUUGCUUGGGCAAAACUGUGUAUUCUGUCUUUUUGAUGGUCAGAGUGUGCACACCAAAGAGGAAGCCUUCUCCGCUGCUUCUUCCAUCACUAAGUGUGGCUGCCGCUGCACACUGCACGGGUGUUUCGUGAGAUCCGCCAAAAAACCUGUUUUGGAAUAUUUCGCCUUGCACCUUAGCCUGUAUUCCUUGUGCCAACCCUCUCCUCCUCCUGUGGUGGGAAACGUUGCUGACUCCCCACAGGCUGUGUGGGUGGGGUUGCGGGGAGGGGGGCGUGAAAUGCAGCAUUAAAAAGUAGCUCUCAGUUGUUGGUUUUGAUGGUGGUGGUGGUGGUGGUGAUGAUGAUUUUUCAAUUUUGCCUGCACUGCUGCUUGUUCCAAUGUACUGCUUAUAUUUGAACAAAGAAAAAGGGAGUGGAUGGAUGAGGCUUCAAAAGGCACGAAGAAGAAAUGUAAACCAAGGCCCAGAAGAAGAUUGGAGUCUGGUGGUUUGAACAGCGGGCCCUGAUGCCACACCAGAAGCUGGCACCGCAAGGACUUGGCUUCAGAACUAGCCUGGCCUAUCGGAUUGAAGGAUUCCAGUUGUCUGUGGGGACGUUUGUCUUUGGAUCCUGGAUGUCUACAGCUGAGAUGGUGUCUCUCUAGCAUCUAGGUAUUGCUGGAUUCCAGUUUACAUCAUCUCAACACCAUUGGCUAUGUUGGGUGGGGGUUAUGAGAGUUGGAAGCCAGCAACAUCUGGAAGCAGUAGGUUCCCCCAUCCCUGAUAGGAGGACCUGGCAACAUCCACUUGACAAGUUAAGGGGAAUCAUAGGGACUUCGUUUCAUUUGGUGGAUGCAAACGUCUUUCGGGUUAUGCUGCGCUCUUGUCAAAAUUGCCGAAUUGGGUGCAAAUGCCUUUCUGAUGUCUAGUUCUAAAUGCUUAUAUGGCACCGAGAGCUUUCAUCUGAAAGAGCUGUUUUUCCUGUCUGUUGAAAAACUUGUGAAAUCUUUUUCUCUACUCAGUACUGUUCUAAAAAGAAAAAUUACUGGGUUGUGGGGUUUUUUUGGCUUUAUUUUUUGCUUCUUUGUUUUAUCUUUUAUCAUUUUGGGACCAACGAAGCAACUACUGUCCAUAAAAAGCUGACGUUGUAGAAAAGAUGUAAUUUCCAGUGUUUUUCUUUCUCCUCCUCCUCCCCUUUCCUUUUAUUCAAGUGUUAAAAGCAUCUUGGCAGCACAGUGCAAACUUGUUGUGCUGGUUCUAUCUCGAGAGAGCCACACAGCAGAACAGCAAUAAUAAAAAGAAACAAAACCCGUAUCACACAUGCGCAUGUAAUUUUGCACUUCCAAAUAAUUGUGAAAGUUUUAAACUGUUGGCAACUCUGGUCUGUGUCCAAAACAGUUUUUUUAACCUGUUACAAAGAAGCCUGGAUAUGUAAAUACAGAAUGUUCACAAAACA